AUGGUUCAGACCACCGUGCUAUUGAACUCGUCCUUCAGCGAAAUAGUGGGGGGGCCUCCAAGGCGCAAGAGACUAAGACAAUUCAAAUUUGAGCCACUCUGGCUAUGUGAGAAAGGCUGCAUUGAUGUCAUACAUGAAGGAUGGAGCCCUGGACGCAAUUCCCAUGUGGACAGUGAUGGAAUUGAAGGGCGGCCAGAAUCAGCUAGAAUGGGUGGCGAAAUGGACAGAAUAAAUGGCAGGGACUGCAUUGAUAAUUUUGUUGGCAAGAUAGAGACAUGCAGGGACAAGCUUGUCCAGUGGGGUGGGAAUAUUAGGGAGCUCCCGGCUAAAAUUAAGACAAUUCGUUCAAAGUUGAAACGACUUAAGGAGGAAAAUUUCUCGGUGACGAAUUUCGAGAAGAUUCGAUCAUUGGAGGGUGAAUUGGAACUUUUGUUAAACAAGGAAGAACUUUAUUGGAAACAAAGAUCCCGCAUGGACUGGUUACAUCAUGGAGAUCGCAAUUCUAAGUUCUUCCACAGUAAAGCAUCAGCUCGGAAGGUUAAUAACACCAUGCUUGGGUUAUUUGAUGUCAAUGGCACCUGGAGAACUGAUUGUGAGGGCAUUGGAGAUGUGGUGGCGAACUACUUUCACACCUUGUUCCAAUCUUCCCAACCAUCCCCCGAAGACAUCGAGACUGUUACCCAGGCUGUGAACCCAGUAGUCUCUGAUCAUAUGAAUAGAGUUCUUAGGGACCCCUUUACUGACAAAGAGGCAAUAUCCUUCAAGUCUAUGUCCCAAGCAGUGCCACAGAUCCAUACGGUCUCUGAGCUUAUAACCUAUAGAGGGUGGAACCAUGGUCUAUUAGAAGAAUGUUUCAACCCGGUAGACAGCGAGGCUAUCCGAAGCAUCCCCCUUGGGAAAUUACCGACCCCUGACCAAUUGAUUUGGAGACACUCCGAAGAUGGCGAAUAUUGUGUCAAAUCGGGUUACUGGCUGGCAUAUACAAUUAAGACCCCUGGAUUGGAGGUAAGUAGUAGUUACAACUCUUAUGCUAAAUGGUGGAAAUUCUUAUGGGCCUUGAAUAUCCGGCCAAAAGUCAGAGCGUUCAUGUACCGAGCUUUCAACAAUAUUAUCCCCGCCUUAUUCAACUUAACUCGUCGCCAUGUGCCUAUUUCUCCAGUAUGUGAUAUGUGUCAUCUGGAUUAUGAAACUGCCGUCCAUGCGUUAAUUCGAUGUGACCGAGCCUAUGCCAUGUGGUACCAAGCUGGCCUGGGAAAAUUAAUAUCUGAGUUUAAAGGGACUGAAUUCUCGAAUUUUACAAUGCUUGCAUAUCAUAAGCUGAAAAUUAACGAGUUUGAGAAACUGUGUAUGACGGCAUGGCAGAUUUGGAGUGACCAGAAUGUUUUGCAUCAUGGUAGAAGUGUCCCUCCAGUGCAACAUCAAUGUGAAAAAGUGGAAGUAUUUUUGGCAGACUUUCAAUCCACACAGCUUUCUCUUAAGGUGUCGUGUCGGGUUUCUGCAAAUCAGUCUGGAAUAUCUCGUAGAAAAUUUUGGAAAGCACCACCUACUGAUGAAUUGAUCCUCAAUACUGAUGCAGCAGUUAACAUCGAGGAAGGGGAGAUUGCCAUUGGGGCUGUUGUUCGCAAUCACCGUGGGGAGGUAAUGGUUUCGCUGGGCAAAGUGUUUAAAGGAAAUUACUCUCCACUCACGGCUAAAAUUUUGGCCAUUAGAGAGGGGCUGGAAUUUGUAGCAGAUUCGGGGCUAAGGGUGAACAUUGUUGAAACGGAUUCCCUGCUUUCGGUCCAAGCCAUUAGUCUUCAUCCCCCGUUCUCCCAGGUGCUGAAUGUAGCUGAGGACUGUAGCUUCCUCAUGGCUCGUAUGGAAAAUUGUAAAAUUCGACACGCCCCAAGACAGACCAAUCAGGUGGCUCAUGAAUUAGCGCUUUUGGCGAAAAACUCUAGGAUUGACUUUAUGUGUUGUGAAGAGGUUCCAGAACCCAUUGUGAAUCUGGUGAACUAUGAUAUUUCUCAUAUGAUUGAUUAA